CAUCUAAACCCUAUUUGAAGCCCCAUUACUUGUCUGUGGUAAAUUUGAUCGAAAAAGUGAAGCAACCAUGUGGAAGAUGAAGCCCCUUCCUUCCAAGUUGCACUACCGCUACACUAUCACUCUCCUCCCUGGUGACGGCAUCAGCCCCGAAGUCAUCUUUGUCGCUAAAGACAUUCUUCUCCUUGCCAGUUCCCUCAAAGGUAACCCUUUAAUCGCAACAUUUUCAUUUUCUAUUGAGUGCUUGCUAAACCAUGGAUAAAAAUGAAAAAAAUCUCAAGCCAAAGACUGGUUUGCUUCAAAUUCGAGAAGGGGUUCCAGUAUUUACAAAUUUGAGAUCGACUACUAUAUUUCCUCAGUUAGUUGAUACUUCAACUUUGAAGAAAGAGAUUGAUGAAGGGGUUGAUCUCAUGGUUGUGAGGGAACAGAGGGAACAGAUUAGAGGUAUCUAUUUUGGAAAACCUAGGGGCUUUGGCACCAAUGAAAAUGGUUAAGAGAUUGGCUACUAUACUGAGAUUUAUGCCGCACAUGGGGGUCGUUGAAGGUAAAACUUGAUUGAAAGACCCACCUAAGAAUUACUCUUGAAGCAACUAAAGGACUUGCUUAUCUCCAUCAUGACUGCAAGCCACAAAUCGUCCACAGGGACAUAAAGUCUUUGAAUAUUGUACUAGAUUAAAACUUUGAAGCUCAUCUAUUUAAUUUUGGCAUUACUAAAUGUAUGUCAUCUAUUUGAUUUUGACUU